AUGUGGCGGUGUUGUGGCCGAUUGCAAGUUGUGUUGCUGCGGAGGCGGUGGGUCUUGACUGUUUCACCGACAGGCGUUGCAGUGCGGCUGCGUGGCGCACCGACCACCGAGCCGUGCGAGUGCCACGCCCAACGCCAUUGGGACUGCGGGACGAGACAGCCGCGGAUGUCGUUUGGAGCCAGCGGCACCUGCUGGCCGCAGUUGGGCGGUGCGAGUGGGAUGCUUCACCGCACGGGUGUUGUGAUGGCACCUCGCCGUGGCAUCCCCGACGAUGGUUCCGACGCUGCAGCUCGACAUGUGGCGGGGAGUAAAGUGUGGCCGCAGUGGACCAUGAGCAGCAGCGUUGAAGAAAUCCUGCUGGAGGGAGACACUCUCAGCACAGACAUGAAGCUGAACGAUUUCCUUCGGAGCAACUUGGGCGAUGAGUGGGUUGUGGAAAGAAAAGGGAACGUCAUUAUGGAGGUGUUUGUUCAGGAGCCGGAUGCUUACGUGCAAGACCAGCGGCUUCUUAGAAUUAUUUUUAAUUUAACAGAGUACCAAGAGAUGGAAAGGGAGUUGGAUGAGAUGAAAAUUCUAUUGGAGGCCAUUACUAAGCUUCACCACGAGGGUUUGGUCUCGCUCGAGCAAUGGAGGGACUAUGAGGGAAAGGAUACAGUCACUCCCAUUGCAAGGGGAAAACUAAACGCAGCCCUCACUCAGAUACUGAGAGAAGCGUGGCGGAAGGCAGAAGAAAGGGUAAGACGAGCGCAAGAAAUGAAAUUUACCUUUUCCACUAUUAUCGAAGAUGUACUGUUUAAAGGAGGAGUCCGCGUCAAGGAAAAGAAGCUGAAUGAUUUUCUUACGAUGGAAUUGGGCGGCAGGGGCGUUGUGGGCACCAAUCGGAGUGUUUUGCUGAAGGAGUUUUUCAAGGACCCCACGAAGUAUAUCCGUGAUGAAGGAGUAUUGAAAGAAAUACAGAUAACCGAUGCUUAUGCGAGGAUGGAGAGGGCUGUAAGGGAUGAAAUAAUCUUCGAAAAAGAUCGAAUUAAGCUUUACAAAAAUGGUUUCAACAAUCUAUUUGGGUGGUCAGAAGCUACUGCGGAGGUAAAUGCAGGUGUUCAUUGCAUCACUAAUGAUACUUUGGAUGCAGCUCUUGAGGAGGCGGGGAAACCAACGAUGACGAUUGCACCGAUAAAAAUGGAGGGAUUGUACGAGUCUGUGCACAAUGCGAGGUGGCACCAUGUCGUGGAAGUCCCUGGCGGCGAGGGGACGGGAUUGAAGGUGAGGGAGGGGGAACCCUCGCAGUCAUGGACGUACAGGGAAGUUGGCAACACCCUCGAAAAGGAUGACGGUGUGGGGCAAUCCGGUGAAGCACCUCCCGUGUUGAUGGUUCUCACCUCGGACAAGGGAUGGCCGUACACGAUGAAUGGGCUGCAUGGGGCUGGUAAUGAAUUGUGUGUUAACUCUGAGGUGGAUCGAGUGUGGCAGAUCGUCGAGCGCGAUCUAACCGAGUGGUUCAGCAAUUUUGAUUUGACUCUCAAUCCUUCACCUUUGCCGCGUGUGUUGAUUGGGACGCCCGGGAUCGGGAAGUCGAUGGCUGCCAGCUCGUACCUCCUCUACCAGCUGCUGCACUACGAUGCGGAGCUACUCCAAGUGGUAGUCCACUGUUUUGGAGAGGAUGCGUACGUCUUUGACAAGACCACCAAAACCGUGACAGAAUACAUGGGUAAUAAAACAUCCGAGAAUGUUUUGGAUGGCUUGAGGAAGAGUGGGAUGAAAGGGUAUAUUAUUUACGAUGUGGCAAGGAAAGGAACACCUCCCGACACAGACUUUGCGCCCUCCACCGGAUGGGGCAUGAUUGUGGUGUCAUCCCCAGAGGUAAGCAACUAUGAUGAGUGGGAGAAGCAAGUAAAAGCCAGUCGAAUCAUCAUGAAUUGUCCCGACGAGAUGGAUGUGAAGGCGAUGUGUGCAUGGAUGAAGCGAGGUCUGGAACCAGAUAAGCAAGCGGAAUACUGGAGGAUGGUCAAAAAACACAUGGAUAAAGUGGGGCCGAUUCUACGUUACAUCUUUGAUGAGGAUGAUUAUAUUGAUCGCAUGGGUGCCGUUGAUGGUGCCUUGUUAUCGAUCAAACCUACUGAUGUUGGAGAGUACUUUACCCUGAGAGGAGGCAAGCUAUGGUAUUUCGAGGAUCCGUCUCACAAACUUGUGAAGAUCGUCCGGGAAAGAACAGAAGAAGGUGUUGAGGUAUUUCUCAACGCAUCGAUAAGUGCUGAUAUCGGGUUUCGAAUUGCAGACCGUUUGGAAAAGAAAACGGGUGCGAAGAAUCUUUUGUUGAUAAUAUUGGGAUCGCAUGGUGCUCUUGUUUCCCGAGCUCUGGAACAAUUAGGUUUGCGCGCCUUCAUGUAUGGGGAGCUUGUCAGUGCAAUAGUAGAGGGACUCAAUGAGCUGAGGCCACCAGAACGUAGUGAAGCACAGGAUUCAGUGCUGAAGGUAAACCAUCAAGGGCACCCCACUCGCACCGUUGGAAUAAGGGAACUGGAAGGCGGUGUCACGAGGAUUCCGAUGGAGUACGGGGUGCUGUACCUACCGAAGGUUGAAAACUUUCCGCUGGUGGACGGCUUUUUCUUCAUGGAGUCACCGCGGAGGACGCUGGUUGGGCUGCAGAUGACUACGGCGAGUGCGCACCACACGAUACCCAGCACCGUGAGGCAGUUCACUGAGUACCUGGCGGCAUAUUUUGAAGGAUGGGACGAAUUAUCCCGAGACCUGUCGUGGGAGAUGAUUUAUAUACAACACGCAGACAGCAAAAAGAUAUCAAAAUGGCAUGAAUGUGAUCGCGUCAAUCGCAAUAAUGAAACCGACGCUGAAAAAGAGAUUGUGGCGUUCUGGGACGGAAAGGUACACCAAUACCAGUUUGUGUUAACACGUGAUUUUGUAAAUAAAAUCCGAGAAAUGAGAAUACAACAAUCUUGGGGGAAGAGGGAUAGGGAAGAAAGUUGGGGAAAUAAUUGGGGAACAGAGUGCACAUCGUUUUGA